CCUAUCCUCAACUUCAGAUUGCGAUCUCAGCAAGCAACGUCCACCAUGAAUGUCAUGAACGGAAUGAAUGGCCAUGCUGCUGCACCGGCUUUAUGGUCGGAGGCGCGCAACGCAGAUGGUCGUGUCUACUAUUACAAUACCAUCACCAAAGCCACACAAUGGACAAAGCCCGAUGAGUUAAUGACAGCAGCUGAACGAGCUCUUGCAAAUCAGCCAUGGAAGGAAUACACGGCAGAAGGUGGAAGGAAAUAUUGGUAUAAUACAGAAAGCAAGCAAAGUGUUUGGGAAAUGCCAGAGGUCCUCAAAGAGGCUCUUGCCAAGGAAACACCAACGCCUACACCUGUCGCAGCGGCACCUACCUUCGUUGCAGGUGGUGGUUUCGGCGCCUCACAAUUCGACCAACCUCGAGACAGAGAGCCCCUUGGAGAAGCUCGCCAAAUUGCUUAUGGAAAUGAUGCUAAUGGCAGCCGUGCUCAAGUUUUUGUGCCAGCAAAUACUGAUCCCGAAUACUCUACGUUUGAAGAGGCUGAAGCAGCAUUUUUGAAGCUCUUGCGCCGAAAUAAUGUCGACCCAAACUGGACAUGGGAACAGACUAUGCGCGCGAUCAUCAAAGACCCGCAAUACCGAGCACUGAAGGACCCCAAAGACCGAAAAGCUGCAUUUGAGAAGUAUGCUGUUGAGGUCCGCAUCCAGGAGAAAGAUCGCGCGAAGGAAAGGAUUGAGAAGUUGCGCAAAGAUUUUGCUACUAUGCUGAGAAGCCACCCAGAGAUCAAACACUACACUCGAUGGAGGACAGCCCGACCCAUUAUUGCCGCCGAGGCCAUUUUCCGUUCCUCAAACGACGACGACGAGCGCCGCCAGCUGUUUGAAGACUACAUCAUUGAGCUUAAGAAAGCCUAUAUCGAACGAGAAGUGGUGACACGCAGAGCUGCUAUGGAUGAUCUAGUGGAAAUUUUGAAGAGCCUUGAUUUGGAACCGUAUACACGUUGGUCUGAGGCACAAGGUAUAAUCCAGUCCAAUCAACGCUUUCAAGGUGAUCAGAAAUUUAAGUCACUCACCAAAUCUGACAUGUUGACUGCCUUCGAAAAUCAUAUCAAAUCAUUGGAAAAGACCUUCAAUGAUGCUCGACAACAGCAGAAAAACCAGAAGUCCAGGCGAGAACGCCAAAAUCGAGAUCGGUUCUUGGCUCUGUUACAAGAGCUCAAGACGGGCAAUAAGAUCAAGGCAGGUACUAAGUGGAGCCAAAUCCAUCCCUUAAUUGUGGAAGACGACAGAUACAAGUCAAUGCUUGGCCAAUCGGGUUCCACACCGCUGGAUUUGUUUUGGGAUAUGGUUGAGGAGGAAGAGCGUUCUCUACGGAGCACACGGAAUGAUGUCUUGGACGUCCUUGAUGACAAGCGGUUUGAGAUCCAGCAGAAGACUAGUUUUGAGGAGUUCCUUGCCUUGAUGCAGAAUGAUCGACGGACUGCUAACAUUGAUCGAGAUGCGCUUGCACUAAUAUUUGAGCGGCUGCAUGAGAAAGUGUCCCGACGCAAUGAAGAUGACAAGCACCAAGCUGAGCGCCAGCAACGCCGAGCUAUUGAUGCUCUCAGGUCCUAUAUUAAACACCUUGAGCCUCCCAUUCGGAUUGAAGAUACUUACGAGAAAAUCAGGCCUCGUAUCGAGAAGUCUGAAGAGUACACUGCUGUAUCCACAGAAGAAUUCCGACGCUCGGCUUUCGAUAAGGUCAUUCGGCGACUGAAGGAGAAGGAAGAAGACGCCGAGAAAGACAGGCUUAAACGUCGUGAGAGAGCAUCAGUCGAUAGACCGAAUCACCGUGAUAGAGACAGAGGUGAGAGACCACAUAGAACUGGUGGACGUCACACUAGGUCGAGCCGCAGCCCAGAACCAGAUGCAUACGAAGCAGAUCGACGCAAGGCGAUUGCCGACCGAGAGAAGAACUAUCGAAAGUCCAGCGUCGCUGAGACAUUACUUUCGCCGGGCCGUAGAGAUGCUCGAGGGGACCGCGACAGAGACCGCGAUGAUCGAGAUCUAGACAGACCUCACCGGAGCCGUCGUGAGGAAGCCGUCAGCCACUAUGACCGGGAGAGACGUGAUAGAGAGAAUGAAAGAGAGAAGCUCUAUCGCAGACGAGGUGACCCCAGAGGCAGCAUUGAUGAGUUGCCAUAUGGUGACGAAAGACCCAGCGGUGGCAGCAGACGUCGGAGAGCUGACAGCGAUGUUGAGAGUGCAGGAAGUACGAGGAUCAUAAAGCGAUCUAGAAGAGAAUCACCUCGUGAGCGCUCCCCGCCCCGUGAACGCCAUCAUAGGACUAGGACUCCCCCAGCAGCUGUUUUACCACCAAAGGAAGAACCGGCCGUUCAUUCUGGAAGCGAGGAAGGUGAAAUUGAAGAAGAGUAGACCAGAGAUAAUGUGGUUAUCUGCCAAGACGUCAAUUUAGUACGUAUCGAAACACCAUAAACGUUUCUUGGCAUGAUGACCAUGGCAAGCAGAGAUUUUGAACACUUGGAAGCGAAGAUGUGAUGGAAAGCGAGCAGUGGAUUUCAAUUUGAGGAUUCAUCGGUGUGUAUCUGUCUCUCCUAACGAGCCAUAUCAUCUCGAUUUCCCUUGAGCAUGAAUUCCUAAUAAUGAAAAUCAUUCAUCAAUGUGUAUGUAUGUAAUCAAUACCACACCCUUCGUGAACUAUAUAAGUCCAAAUCUUGAUGCCAAAUGCACCAGACGGCAGCUGCUCACUUGACCCAUUGUCCCUCAAUCUACCAGAUAUGCUGUUAUGUACGGAAACAAAAGAAAGAGCAGCAAUCGUGAGUAGGACCAGACAACAGGGAGCAAGCUGCCGUCGCCGUUGUUAGCCGCCGGGUUCUUCGUCAUCAUUCAAAGUC